GAUAGAUAGAUAGAUAGAUAGAUAGAUAGAUAGAUAGAUAGAUAGACACACAUUCUGUGCUUCUCUCGUCCUCUCUCUCUCUCUUUCUCCCAAACAUAUUAAAAUACAUACAUACAUACACCUACACACACACACACACACACACACACACACACACACACACACACACUCACGCACAUAUAUAUAUACACAUAUACACAUACGCACACACACACACACACACACACACACACGCACUCGCUUUGUUUUCUUACUCCCUCCUCUAACAUCAAAUUAAGCCAGAGUCGACUUGGAAGUCAGAUGACUUAGCAUGUCAACUUCGGAAUUAGACUACGAUGUGGAGACAAUCAUGACUGGCGGAAAGAAAGGUUCACCACCCCCAAUCAUGCACCCAGAUGUUGAUGUGGCUGAGAGAGACCCAACCAACCUCAGUGGGUACAUCAAGGUUACAUUCCAAGAGAUAAUUGCGGAACCAGAACCUUCAGUAUUCUCAUUGGAUAAAAUCUGGAUUCUGAGCUUCAAGGUAUUCAAUGUAACCAAAAUCUGGUGCUAUCGAAUUACGUCUACAGCUCUGGCACUGCCGAUGGCUGUGUUGUGUGGUAUCAAUUUCGCUUGCAUGAGUUUUUGUAACGUGUGGGUAGUGAACCCGCUGGUACGGUGCCUGGCCAUAGAAUGUCACCUCAUCAGACAAGUAUGGGACAUGAUACUCGAAGUUGUCUUCCGGCCACUGUUCGUCACUCUCAGCGAUUGCAUCACCUCCGUAAAGAUGGCUCUCGCGGGUGAAUGACAUAAGUGGAGCGGCCAAAGAAUGGCCGCCGUUAAUGCAGAGAGCGUGAUUGACAUUCCGCGUACAGAAGAAAUCAUAGAAACUGAAAGAAAAACCGUAGUUGAUGUGAAAACCGACUGAAUGUGAAUGAAUUUGAAGAAAAAUACGAACGGAACGCAAUUAAAGAAUGAUGUUUGUUAACCACACUCAUUUCCCUGCUGUCCAUCCUUUUCAGUUGAUGUUUGCAAUAAAAAAAACACACAACAUUGACUCCCACAAUGACUAAAAGCUUGUCUUCAUUCAAUCUCGUGACAUUCGCCAUAUUCAUCUUUAUUGUGGCUGUUGUUGUCGUAAUUGCUGUUUAUAUUUCAUAAUUAUCUCUUCUAUUGUUGCUUUUGUUUUGUUGUUAUUGUGUUUUAUUGUUUCAAAUGCUCCUAGCUAUCACCCAUUUAAGUACAGGAACCGGUUUCAAAUUCCAGUUAAGCCGGAACUUUUAUAUUUUGCCUCUGAGUCUCUUAAGAAAGGCAUGAGCGUCACACGAUCUCAUUAAUCCCUUUGUGCCUAUGCAAGAAUCCUUUCAAACCUGCGCAGGUCAACUUGGCCUUCGAUCCUCGAUGAAAUGAAAUACCAGUCACAUUCUUUGGUCAUAUAAAAAGAAUCAUAACUCCUUCUCAAUUCAUGACUUUGAGCCUCUUUUAGAAGCAAUUCUUAUAUUCAUUAAAGUGAAAAGCUGGCAGAAUCGUCAGAGCGUCGGGACAAAUGCUUGGCACUAUUUUGUUCCGGUUCUUUACGUUUUGGGCUCAAAUUCCACCGAGGCCAACUUUGCUUUUUGCCCUUUUGGGUCGUUAAAAUAAAGUACCAAUCAAGUGCUGGGGACGAUGGAUUUGACAAAACUCCUCCCCUCAAAAUUAUUGUGCCUUUAAUAGAUAGAUUAAAUAUUACCAUCAGAACGGUCAAUGGUGCGAACCGGGAGAAUUUUUAUCGUGUCGGACAAAAUACUCAACAGUAUUUUCUUCCGGCUUUACGUUCAAAUACCGCUGACGUCGACUUUGCCUGUCAUCUUUUUGCGAUCGAUAAAAUAAGUACCAGCUGACCAUUGGUGUUGAUCUAAUCGGCUAACCCUGUCCCUGAAAUUACCGACUUUGAGAGAGACUUUGAAAUCAUUAUUAAUAGAACGGUUACGCCGACGAGCUGGCAGUUAGAUGGCAAGUGCGUUACAACGUGAAACAAAUAUUCUAUGUGUGCUUUUGUGACGGCACUUUACGUUCCGAGUUCAAAUCCCUCUUUGAUCAUUUUUACCUUUUUAUCCUCCAAGAAUGGAAGUAUUGUUUUGACUUAUUCCACCGCAGCCAACAUCACCAUUUUUCAGUCCUAAUACCUUUAAUAGAGGCAAUUAUUAUUCGCCAGUUUUAUUUUUAUUGCGGGUUUUCAUUGCACUACCAAGCCCAGCUGGGUUGGCAUCGGCUACAUGCGAAGUUAUUGUAUUAAUUUCUUGUGUUCUAUUAUAUUAGCAACAAUCAGCGUCACGUGUGCAAAUGCUGUUUUUACAAUCUGAUUUACUUUAUUUUUCAGAUACUUAUAUAGAAAAGGUUUCUCCAUUUACAAAUGUACAUAUACAUAUACUCAUACACACACACAUAUAAAUAUAUAUAAAGAUACAUACAUAGCUAUGCAUACGUAUUUAUAUAUUAUAUAUGUACAUAUCUACAUAUAUAUAUAUAUUCAUAUAUAUAUACACACAUGUAUAUAUAUAUACAUACAUACACACACACGCAUACAUACAUACAUACAUACAUACAUACAUACAUACAUACAUACAUAUAUACAUACAUACAUACACACAUACAUACUAUAAACAGAAAUUUCAAAGUAGCCCAUACACAAAACUCUCGAUUAUUUAGUCAUGUUGUAACUUCUGUUGGUUGAAAAUAAAAUUUAUAUAAACCCA